AUUUUUGCAAGGUUGUCUGGAAGCCUGUAAACCGUAUGCUUACAGUCAUUUUGUACUUCAGUGUGGUACAACAGAAUUGUUAGAUAAGUAUCAAACAAGAUCACUCUGUAUCUUGAAAACAAGUUGACAACUGGCAUACCGUCAGCAGGUUCCAUGCACAGGGGGGUGCGUUGGGUGCUGUGGGAUGUGAAGGACACCCUCUUGCGAGUUCGCAGAUCAGUGGGGGAGCAGUACUGCAGGGAGGCGAGGCGGGCAGGGCUCACUCUUCCUGCUGCUGAGGUGGAGGCAGCCUUCCGUCGUGCUUACCGCCAGCACUCCAGCCUGCACCCAAACUAUGGAGUGGACCAGGGAAUGGGGGGACAGGCCUGGUGGGCAGGGGUGGUGUACGACACCUUCUCGCAGUGUGGCGUGAGGGACCAAGCCCUGUUGCACAGGCUGGCAGAAAAUCUCUACCAUGGUUUCAGUGGCCCUGAGAACUGGGAGGUGUUCCCAGACUCAAAGCCAGCCCUCCAGGACUGUGUGUCCUUAGGCAUGCAGCUCGGGGUGGUGUCAAACUUCGACAACCGCUUGGAGGGGAUUUUGCAUGGCUGUGGGCUUUUGUCCCAUUUCCGCUUCCUGUUGACCUCUGAGAGGGCUGGAGUGGCCAAGCCUGACCCAGAAAUAUUCCAGCAAGCAUUAAAGCUGUGUGGGGUGCCACCCACAAGCGUUGCACACAUCGGGGAUGACUAUGUCAAAGAUUACCUCACUGCUCGCUCCUUGGGCAUUCAUGGCUACCUGCUUGACCGGAGAGGUGGAGAUGGCCGGCCAGAGGUUCCCCCUCAGCAUAGACUGCGCUCCCUGGAUGAACUACUCACACGACUUAAGGAAGAUGUGCAUUGAUGCACAUCACAUCAAUUUUACUAAUGUGCACUCAGAUUUCCAGGGCCCCUACAAAGAACCUGAAGGCCCCAAGUUCAACAAAUCUUUGGUGCAAUGGCAUUGCCCACUUAAAAAAAAGUAUUGAGGCAUUUACUUAUUUCUAGGGAACAUUAUAACAGGAUAAAGCCUGCAUAAGUGAAAUCACUACUUAUUUUAAAUACUGUAUGAUUAAGAGAGAAGACUUAUUUGAGCUUGAAAAACGUGUGCAUAAAUACAAAAUAAGGGUUUUUUAAAUAG